AUGGCAAGCCUGCUGAGCUCCCUUGUCGAUGCCUCAAAACGUGCCAUACCCACGUCGGGCACGGACGCCAGCACAACUACCCCUAUCCCUCCCCGCAGCGACUCUGGCGACGUAGGAGAGGACUGGGAGGCUCUCGGUCUCUCACCGCCCUCUAAGGCGCUGGAAAAAGAGCGCGACGACGACGUGGUCAGUCUCGACGGAGACGGGAGGACGAGCGAAGACGCUCUCGCGGAGCAGAGGGAGCUGGAGGACCUGCGCGCGCGCUGCAAGGCGCUCGAGGUGGAGAAGGAGACCGUGCGUCGGGAACGGGCGGAAGAGGAUAAACGGAACUCGCAGCGUGUCAGGGAGCUGGAAGCGCACAACGCGAGUCUCAGCCGGGAGCGGAGCUGGCUUGCGGCGGAGAGGGACGCUCUCCGCGACGACGUGGAGCGGCUGGCCGCCGACCGCGGCGUCGACGAGUCGCGCGCCCAGGAUCUCCAGAAUCUCCUGGACGGCAUGCGAGGAGAAAACGAGGCCUUGGCCCGCGCCAAGGAAGAGCUGCAGGAGGAGACCGAGGCUCUCGAAUGCCAUUUCACGGAGGAGCUCAGCGCCCUCGAGGCGCGGUGCAAGAGCCUCGAGAAGGAGAACUUAACCCUGUCUGAAACGAAGGAGGAACUCACGUCCGCCAAGGAGACGGUAGUUUGGCUCACGGACCAACUCAAGACAAAGACUCAGGAGAUAGAAGAGCAUAACGAGUGUCUACGCGUGCUGGGGACUGUAGUAACCGGCCCUGACUCGUGCGAGAGCCUCCCUGGCUCCAGCGUGUUCUCGGACACCACGAAGCGGCUCUAUGUGGAACUUAAGAAGAAACAAGACGAACAUACGAGCGCUCGCCGACGCUGCGUCGCGAUGGUGACAACGAGAGACUUGGAGGCGAGGAAGCUUAACGGGAAGGUGUCUCAGCUCACUGAAGAACUGCAGAAACGAGAUACAGAGCUAGAAGAACUCAAGGCGACGUGCGCCAGUCUUCAGGAGAAGAUCACAGUCCUGGAGACGUCCAAGCGUGAAUUGAAAGAGAGACUGGAAAGGAGGAAGAAAAGGCAUGAUGUGGUCGUCGAGAAGUUGGCGCGCUAUGAAUCAUUAGGUAGGGGCGAGGCUUCAAAGCUCCCCUAA